GCACGCGCACGGGCCGGCGGUGCGCGCCGAGCGGGGGGCGCCGCGCGGUGCAGCCACGAUGGAAGGGGGUGCGUACGGAGCGGGCAAAGCCGGGGGCGCCUUCGACCCCUACACCCUGAUGCGGCAGCCGCACACUAUCCUGCGCGUCGUGUCUUGGGUGUUCUCCAUUGUGGUCUUCGGCUCCAUCGUGAAUGAGGGCUACCUCAAUAACUCGGAGGAGGAGGAGGAAUUCUGCAUCUACAACCGCAACUCCAACGCCUGCAGCUACGGCGUGACGGUGGGCGUGCUGGCCUUCCUCACCUGCCUGCUCUACCUGGCGCUGGACGUGUACUUCCCACAGAUCAGCAGUGUUAAGGACCGCAAGAAGGCUGUGCUGUCUGACAUUGGUGUCUCAGCCUUCUGGGCCUUCCUCUGGUUCGUGGGCUUCUGCUUCCUGGCCAAUCAGUGGCAGGUCUCGAAGUCCAAGGACAACCCCCUGAAUGAAGGGACGGAUGCAGCUCGGGCAGCCAUCGCCUUCUCCUUCUUCUCCAUCUUUACGUGGGCGGGCCAGGCUGUGCUGGCCUUCCAGCGGUACCAGAUUGGCGCCGACUCAGCCCUCUUCUCCCAGGACUACAUGGAUCCCAGCCAGGACUCCAGCAUGCCUUACGCACCCUACGUGGAGCCCACCAGCACUGGGCCAGACCCCGCAGGCAUGGGUGGCACCUACCAGCAGCCAGCCAACGCCUUCGACACUGAGCCCCAGGGCUACCAGUCACAGGGCUACUGAGCCCCCUUGAUGGUGGUGACAGUGACCGCCUACCCUGCCCCUGCCCCUCCACCCUAGCUCCCCUCCUCAGCACCCUGCUCCCUCCCAGAUGGCCCUGCCCAGAACCUGUUUAGCCUCUGAGUGAUUCCACUGAGGCUCAGUGCAGCUGGGGCAAGGAGUGGGGCAGCCAGGUGGGGAGUGUCCACAUGUGUGUGCAAGUGUGUUUGAAGUGUGUACCCAGCAGGGGUCUGGAGGAUGAGGUCCAGGGGUUGAAUCUGUUGAUCGUGUCCUUGAGCAUUCAUUGUGCACCAGGCCUUGCUCAGCUGGGAAGUGAGACAGAGGGAGAAAGAUGGGCUGUUGGAGGCCCUGUACCGGAGGCAGGAAAGGUGGGACCCAUGGAUCUGGGAAGUCUGGCUGCAUGGGGCUCAGCCACAGGGUGAGUGUGGACAACCACAGGACGUGGUCUGUCACCCCUAGAGGCCUUGAGACACAACAGUCCUGGGUUUGACAAGGCUGUCUCCAUUUCUGGUUGAGGAAACAGGCCUGGGAGGUCAAGAUCCUUUGUCCAGAGUCAUUCAGGCAGCUGGCAAUGAGGGCACAACAAGGUGGUCCGAUGCAGAGCACUUGCCUGCUCUUCUGGUCCUCUCACUGUCUCCUGUCCCCACACCUGGACUCUGCCGUUUGGUGUUAGUACUCUCAUUCGGCUUGAGACCUCAGCCUAGUGAGACACCCUGAUCUGCUGCAAGCCCGGGGCCUCUUCUGCCCCAGCCACUCCCCUCUGUGCAGGUCCCUUCUUCAGCCUUGAUCUUCUCCCAGAGGGCCCCCCCCACCUACCUGUGUUCCCCUGCAUUUCUCUGUGCUCAGCUUGUCCCACAGGGAGCUCUUUUAGGAUGUGCCAGCAUCCCUUUUGCAGCCUCCCAAAAGAAGCUGUCUCCAUCUCUGGGCCUUGUCCAAGGCCAGGUAGUGGUGGGUACUGGCCCAAGGUCUCAGUGAGUAAGUGGCAGAGCUAGCCUUCCUGGCUGAGUUUCUUGGCCCCCAUCACCCAGCAGGUAGAGCCAGCCUUGUGGCCACCUGGGACACUGUCCUUUCUCCUCUUGUUUGGAUCAGUCAGGGUUUAGGACUGGAGGAAUGGAAGGCCAAGUCAGAGAUUUUCAAUUACAGGGUCAGCUUGGGUGCCACAGGUCACACUGCCCAGAUGAUGCAUGGGUAAGACACUGCAGAGUGGGCGCGAGGAGACCUCAGCCACAGGAGAAACAGUAGCAAAUCACCUCAAAGACACAAGGAGGGUGGUGGGGCCCCAAGGGGUAGGAGGGAGGCAUUCUGGCACAAAACACAUUCUGCCCUGAGGUAUAAGGAACCUGGAGAGAGGCGUGUCUGUGCCAUCCUCAGGUCUGUGCCGAGUCACCACCAGCUAGUCCCUUGGGAAGUAGGGCAGUCAACUGAGGUCAGCUUCUGCAGUGGGUGUCCCCACCACCAUCGCCCCAUACCCUGCACAGGACCCUGCCAGGUACAACUCUGCUUACUUUUCUAACAUCAGGGAGUGAACCUGUGGCUCCCAUUGAGGCAGAGAGUUCAUUACAGUAGGAAACCUCGCAUGAGUGUGGGCCUGAGACAAGAUCUCCUCAGGACAAAGACAGGCCUAAGGGACAGGAGUUGUGGGAGGAAACAAGAACUUGAGAGGCACAGAAGUAGAAAGGACAAAAGGGGAAACUGAGGCUCUAUGAGCACAGUGAGUUAGCAGUGGAGCUUGGAUCUGAACUGGGGUCUCCAAGUUCCCAAAGGGGCCAGAGUGGUGGGAGGGAACCUAGGUGGCUGAGUGACAGCUGGCUGUUGCUAACUUCCAUUUUCCAUACCUGGGAAAGAGCUCUGUAUACAGUCUCCCCCACGCCCCUCCCACACACACACCAGGUGGCUCAAGUGGGGACAGCUUGGGGAUGGGUGACCUGCUGGUACCAGACCAGGGGGAGACUGGCUGCAGGAGAGUUUCUGGUACCAACACGGGUCUGUGAGAAGUCUUGCCCCUUUCUACUCCCCCACUCAGCGCCUUCCUGGCCGAUGGGGAGACCCCAGGCACUGCCUAUGUUUCUCCCUGGAUACCAAACAGCAGCUGAUGAUGUCAGGCAGAGGACAGGAUGCCUAACCCUGGGAUUCUAUCACAGACUCUUCCUGGUACCCAGGCUGUGACCUUUACAAGUCCAGAAACUGGGCUGCUGGGACCUCAGCAAGCAUCUUCCACCCCUCUUCCCAGAUGCAUGCUUGCUGCCAUGAUGGAAAUGAUAAACGGUGGUGGGUGGUCAAGAAGCCUGAGGAUAGGAUUUGGGUGAGACCCAGGCUUCCAACUCAGUGGUUAGGAGGAUUGCAGGGGCUUUUUCUGUAGACAGAACAUAGCCCCGGAAAGACCGAGCCCCUAGGUCAACAGUACCCUCAUUUCCCUCCCCUCUCUACUUUGCUCCACAUCCUCCCUGGAGAGGGUCCCCUGCAGCUGGGCCCAGUGGAAUUGGGGCCCCUGUCUUCCCCAUCAAGCAAAAGAGAAGGCCUGGGAAAUGGGUUCAGCACAAAUUUAGAGCUGCAAGGCCCCCUGAGAGAGAGUCAGAUCUGGCCCAAGGCCAAGUGAGAGGUUAGGAGCCCAGUCUUCUGCCUUCUGAGAGGCUGCAUCCAUCACAGUCAUAGGCCAUCUUGCCUGGGCGGGGCUUCUGGUCCACCCAGGGGGUAGCCGUCGAGGGGCUUAUUCUCAGGGGGACCUGCACCAGUCCCUGCUCCCUCCUUCCCUGGUGAUUCUUAAUCUUCAAAGAUUUCUUAGGGUCCCAGGCUUCUUCCCAUCUAACCAAGAGCUCCCACUUGUUACCCCUGGGGCACCCCUAACAUUGACUCAAGACCCCUUUGUUUUGCUAAAAAGUGUGAGCAGGAGUCGCCCUCCCAGAGUUCAUGGAAGAUGGACUGGGCUAGCCAUCUCCCAGUGCUACCCCUGACCUGAUACCCCAUCCCCUGGUGCCCACAGCUCUUGUCUGGGUGCCACGGCCCUCCCGCAGCGUUACUGCCUGUAUAGUAUAAAUAUAUAUAUUUUCUAUAUAUAAGAUGUAUAAUAUAAGGCUCCACAAAUAUAUCUGUGAAUGUGUGUGUGCGUGUGUGUGCGGUGAAGGGCAGCCCCCAUCCUGGGCCCUGCUCUAGAACCCCCACCUGGUUAAGCCUCUCCAAAGUGGAUCCAGUGGCCCCAUGGCAUCCUCCUCUAUGACAUCCAUCCAUCUGUGGUGAACCAAGUGAAGGUGGUGACUUCUGGUGACUUAGUAAUAAAGUGAAGAUUCCGACCCACCA